AUGGGCAAGACGCUGAUCGUCGGGGGUGGCUUGACGGGCGCUGCUCUGGCACGACUGAUGCAAGAGGCCAAAAUUACGGCAGGAUAUGCAUCAGAAAUCAUAGUUUGGGAACGCAAUAGUCUUUUAGGUGGGCGCGUUAUGUCCAGGUCGUUCCCAAAGCAACGUGAGAUUCAUGUGGACAUGGGAGCACAAUAUUGGACGCCAAAAUCUGCACAUAAUGAAAAAUGUCGCCAAAAGUUGAUGCAGAGCGGCUACUUAGUGCCAUUUGCCGAGAGUGCAAUUGCACAGGAUCCAUACAAAGGAUCUGCCAAGAUGCAUUGGGUUUGUCCCGAUGGUAAGGGAUUUCGAGCUGUAGUAGAACAUUUAUUGGAAGCUAUCGACACAUCUUUUCAAUUGCUGGAUGAUAAACAUAUCCAAGUAACUACAAGUGAUGGGGAGCAGGAGAUUGUCAAUGCACUGGUUCUUACGUGCCCUAUUCCGAAUGUUUUGCCAAUUUUGGACAAAAGUUGCUCGCUUUGCAUCGCACCAGCGAUUCGACGUGCUCUUGAGGAUGUGAAAUUUUCGCAACGCUUUGCUGCGGCUUAUGUAUUUGAACAAAAGGCGAAUUCAUUCGUGCAAAAUCUGGGAUGGACGGCCAAGUAUGUUCUUCGAGACGAAAGCGACACCAUUCGAUUCAUGUGUUGGGACCACCUCAAAAAGCAGACAAGCAAGUCAAUGUUUCCUGUACUUCUCGUGCAUACAUCAGUGACUUUUGGGUCCACAUAUAUGGAUGAUACUCGCAACAACGAUGAGAUCCUUGCCAUGAUCACUGAAGCGUUGCGGAACAUUAUGCCAUCGCUUCCGACCGAGCAACAUGCGCGUCUGCAUCGUUGGCGAAUCUCUCAAGUCUCGAUGCCGUAUAAAGAUCCAAACGAAAUCGAAGCAAACAGUCCUUCAUCGUACCUUUUGCUUAACAGAAACCCACCAAUUAUCGUGGCUGGCGACAGCUUUCUUGGCUCUUAUUUCGAUAGCUGCCUCACCUCAGCCAAAGAUGUUGCCGACUUGCUACUACGUAGUAGCACAACAACGUAG